GGCGGCGGCUGCGGUGGCGGCGGCCGAGCAAGCGGGGCGGGGGCGCGGGGCGCGGCGCGCGCGGAGAGUCCGCUCCGGCCGGAGGUGCCGGGGCCCGGCCGGGAGCGAGCAGCGCCGGCAGCUCAGCGGAGCCCGCCGCCUGGGACAUGGCCAAGGCGGGCGGCGCAGGUGGCCCUUCCCCGGGUGGCGGUGCCCCCUGGCACCUUCGGAAUGUCCUCAGUGAUUCGGUGGAGAGUUCAGAUGAUGAAUUCUUUGAUGCUAGAGAGGAAGUGGCUGAAGGUAAGAGCGCCAUCCUUAUUGGCAUGAGCCAGUGGAGCUCCAAUGACCUGGUGGAGCAGAUUGAGACCAUGGGGAAGCUGGAAGAGCAUCAAGGAGAAGGAGCCACAGCGUGUACGUCCAGCAUCUUGCAGGAGAAACAGCGAGAACUGUAUCGGGUGUCCCUAAGAAGACAAAGGUUCCCAGCUCAAGGAAGCAUUGAGAUCCACGAAGAUGGCGAGGAAGGCUGCUCACAGCGUUCCUGCAAGACGCAUGUCCUCCUGCUGGUGCUGCACGGGGGCAACGUCCUAGACACCGGUUCUGGUGACCCUUCCUGCAAGGUGGCCGACAUUCACACCUUCAGUUCUGUGCUGGAGAAGGUCACACGUGCCCACUUCCCUGCUGCCCUGGGCCACAUCCUCAUCAAAUUUGUCCCUUGUCCUGCCAUCUGCUCGGAGGCUUUCUCGCUUGUCUCUAACCUGAACCCCUAUAGCCACGACGAGGGCUGCCUCAGCGCCAGCCAGGACCACGUUCCCCUGGCUGCCCUUCCCCUGCUGGCCAUCUCCUCUCCACAGUACCAAAAUGCUGUCGCCACUGUCAUCGAGCGAGCCAACCACAUCUAUGGAGAGUUUCUCAAGUCCUCUGAUGGGAUUGGCUUCAGUGGGCAGGUGUGUCUCAUCGGGGACUGUGUGGGCGGCCUCCUGGCUUUCGAUGCCAUCUGCUACAGUGCGGGGCCCUCAGGGGACAGUCCUGGCAGCAGCAGCCGGAAGGGAAGCAUCAGCAGUACCCAGGACACCCCUGUGGUGGAGGAGGACUGUGAUCUGGCCAGCAGUAAGCGUCUCAGCAAGAGUAACAUCGAUGUAUCCAGUGGAGUGGAGGAUGAGGAGCCCAAAAGGCCAUUGCCACGGAAACAGAGCGACUCCUCCACCUAUGACUGUGAGGCCAUCACCCAGCAUCACGCUUUCCUUUCAAGCAUCCACUCCAGUGUGCUGAAGGAUGAGGCCGAGGUUCCUGCAGCUGGCACACCCCAGCUCGCUGAGGUCAGCCUGGGUCGCUUUGACUUUGACGUGUCUGACUUCUUCCUCUUUGGCUCACCCCUGGGCCUCGUCCUGGCCAUGCGGAGGACAGUGCUGCCUGGGAUAGAUGGUUUCCAGAUGCGGCCUGCCUGUAGCCAGGUCUACAGCUUCUUCCACUGUGCAGAUCCCUCUGCCUCGAGGCUUGAGCCACUGCUGGAGCCCAAGUUCCACCUGGUGCCUCCUGUCAGCGUGCCUCGCUACCAGAGGUUCCCCCUGGGCGAUGGACAGUCUCUCCUGCUCGCUGAUGCCCUGCACACCCAUAGUCCCCUAUUCCUGGAGAGCAGCUCCCAGGGAAGCCCCCCGCUUCUGGAUGCCUCUACCUCGCCCCCUCAGACCCCAAGAUUCCAGAGGCCAGGACGGAGGCUAAGCGAAGGAAGCUCCCACAGCGACAGUUCAGAGUCCUCGGACAGCCUGGCACCUAUGGGAGCCUCCCGCAUCACAGCCAAGUGGUGGGGAACCAAGAGGAUUGACUAUGCCCUGUACUGCCCCGAUGUCCUCACCGCCUUCCCCACUGUGGCCCUACCCCACCUCUUCCAUGCCAGCUACUGGGAGUCUACCGAUGUGGUCGCCUUCAUCUUAAGACAGGUGAUGCGUUAUGAGAACGCAAGCGUGAAGGAGAACACUGGCCUGGACCCCACGGCUCUAAGCCCCGCUAACCCCCGCGAGAAGUGGCUGCGCAAGCGGACCCAGGUCAAGUUGCGGAAUGUCACUGCGAACCACCGUGCCAAUGAUGUAAUUGCAGCUGAAGAUGGCCCCCAGGUCCUGGUGGGGCGCUUCAUGUAUGGCCCUCUUGACAUGGUGGCUCUGACUGGAGAGAAGGUGGACAUCCUAGUGAUGACAGAGCCAUCGUCAGGCCGCUGGGUCCACCUGGACACAGAGAUCACCAACAACAGUGGCAGGAUCACGUACAACGUGCCGCGACCCCGGCGUCUGGGGGUUGGUGUCUACCCUGUAAAGAUGGUGGUCAGGGGUGACCAGACCUGUGCGAUGAGCUACCUCACAGUGCUGCCCCGAGGCAUGGAGUGUGUUGUGUUCAGUAUCGAUGGAUCCUUUGCGGCCAGCGUGUCUAUCAUGGGAAGCGACCCCAAGGUCCGGCCAGGUGCAGUGGAUGUUGUUCGGCACUGGCAGGACCUGGGCUACAUGAUCCUUUACAUCACGGGGCGGCCGGACAUGCAGAAGCAGCGGGUAGUGUCGUGGCUGUCCCAGCACAACUUCCCACAGGGCAUGAUCUUCUUCUCGGACGGACUGGUGCACGACCCGCUGAGGCAGAAGGCCAUCUUCCUUCGCAACCUCAUGCAGGAGUGCUUCAUCAAAAUCACUGCAGCCUACGGCUCCACGAAAGACAUCUCGGUCUACAGUGUGCUGGGCCUCCCUGCAUCCCAGAUCUUCAUCGUGGGCCGGCCCACCAAGAAGUACCAAACCCAGUGCCAGUUCCUGAGUGAAGGCUAUGCCGCACACCUGGCGGCACUGGAGGCCAGCCACCGCUCGCGCCCCAAGAAGAACAACUCGCGGAUGAUCCUGCGCAAGGGCAGCUUCGGGUUGCAUGCGCAGCCGGAGUUUCUGCGCAAGCGCAACCACCUGCGCAGGACCAUGUCAGUGCAGCAGCCGGACCCACCCGCCCCUAACCCCAAACCCGAGCGGGCACAGAGCCAGCCCGAGUCCGACAAGGACCACGAGCGGCCGCUGCCUGCGCUCAGCUGGGCGCGUGGGCCCCCCAAGUUUGAGUCAGUGCCCUGAAGGGUGGGCGGUGCUCAGAACAGUGGGGGCAGUUAGGCGGCCUGCAGGGAAGGGAAGGGUUGCCUUCUCCCUGAUAAAGGCGUUUUCCUGCUUUUUCCCUCCCGUGUCUGUCCAGCAGUGUAUGACCAGAGCAGGGAGGGACCUUGCCCUGACACUGGGGAGCUUUCUGGGCUGCUAUGGGGUGAAAUCGGGGUGUCUCAGUGCAGCCACCGCCGCUUCCCCGUGCCUGUGCUCACAAGCCGGAGUCAGGGGUGAUGUGUGAGUGUGACCUUUGGGCCAAGCCUGCCUGUGCCCAGUGUUUGGGUAAAGUUGACCAUCUUUUCGAGUCCUGAGGUUUCUGUAUCUGCGCUAGGCAGGCUCAAACUAGAGAAGCCCCCAGCGCUAGGUAGACUGCCAGACAGGUGUUUACCUCUGGCCGAUUGCAGGUGCGACAACUUGACAGUAUGUGGAAGAGUGACAUUUGUGCCUGCCCUCCUUGUGACAUCCGGGGCACCACUUUGGGGCUGGCUGUCUUAUGACACAGUGAGAUCACUUUAUGGGAGAGGACAUUCUCUGGGUCCAAUCUGUGUAUGUGGAGUCGAUCCACAACCCCUGGGGACCGGGUCUGGUGCUGACUGUCUGUCUUGCAGCUGUCCUUUGCUCCCCUUCGUGUUCUCCUGUGGCCCUUGAAGACAGAUGUUCCUCUUCCUUGAGUCUUGCCUUGUGCACUUCCCUGAGAGGCUGCGGCCAUGGGCUCUGCCCGGAAUUGGUCUGGCUACAGUCUGUAGCAUAUCCUCUUUGGGCCCUGCCUUUUUCUGUAACUAGAAGGGGCCUCUUGGCUGAGAUGGGUCCUGGGUUUGAUUCCGAGGCUGUCCAGCAUUUGAGCUCUCUGGGGCUUCACAGAAUGCCCAGUGCCCCCCCCCCCCCCCCCGCAUUCCAGCCCUCCCUACCCUGGGAUAGAGAUUCUAGGUGGGACUGAAAGGGAUCCUAGCACCUCAGAGGAAGGAAGCCACAACUUCGUGGAGAAAUAAGCUUGUUUGUGUACACCGAGGGAAACAGAAAGUGCUUCCUUACGCCAAUAAAGGGGACAACAUGGUGGCCCCUUCCAUAGCUCUGCUCGGACUGGCUUUUUCUCUUUAGGUUUUCUGGAAUGCACAGAACUGAGAUCGUGGGUUCUGCAGGUUCAUGGACUAUUGACUCAAGCUGUUGUAUUCUCUUCCCCUCCCUGGCAACUCAGUUUAGUUUGAGCAUAGAAUCUCCUCUAGGGUAGUCAGACACCUUACGGUGGUGGUAGGGGGUGUUUCUUUGUUGCCAAGUCCCUGGCCUUGGCGAGUUUCCCCCUUGCUCCCUGGCCCAGGCUGACACCUGUUGUAUGGCUGCCUGGAUGUCUUAGAACCCCCGGAUGCCACAGAGGCCAGAGCCAAAUAUCUGCGUACACAGCAGGCUCCUGUCAGCUCGGUGUCGCUUCUGUUCAAUGUCUACCUCUUGCAGCUCCCAUGCAGCCUGUGGUGGCUGCUGAUGGGGUGACUGGCACUAGGUUGUGAGUUGCUCAGCAAACUGGGUGCCUCACUUGGGCUGGAGGGGGUGUGGGUUCCCAGUACCCACCUGGCUUUUCCCACUCAAAUAUCUUCUCCAGCCUGCCAGCCUGUUCCCUCUGCCCAUCCCAUCAUAUCUGACAGCUCUUUCAGUGGCAUCAGCACUGCGCUUGGCAAACCAUGCCCAUCACUGCCAGGGGGCUGCAGAGAGGGCAAGGAGGUAUGGAACCAGCUUCAGCUUCCUCUUUCUAUCCUGCCUCUUAGAAGUUCAUACCUGCCUCCCUCCAUUUCUCUUAGAAGUUAUACCUGCCCCCGCUGCCCCACACCACCUUCCUCCACCAUUCUUGCCUGUCUUUUGGCACCAAAUCAUAGGGUAUAACCACCUUAAGUACAGUCCUUUCCCCUAAAUGCUGUGAUUUGAGCUUGGAUAGACCUGACUGAUUCUCCUCCCAGCAGGAGCCACUGAGUCUAACUUUCAAAUGAUAAACACCUCUCCCUUUUCUGAGAACCCCAGGCUGAGUGUUUGUGUGAGUGGGGGACCCCCAGAGAGACUGGAGCCAGUGACCGCGCUCUGUGGGUCAGAGCUAGCCAGAGGCCCCACUCCUCUUUUGCUAGAGCCUCACAUUGGGGCUAGGGUGAUCCCUUUUGUGGGAUGCCGCGGGUGUACAGGUGUUGUGAAUACCACCCUAGGAGCCGUGGCGCCCGUGUGAAGUAAGCGUUCACUGCUCUGUUUAGAGAACAGCUCAGUCUUGGCUUCCUGGCAACUGUACUCUGUGUGUGCUUUCUGCUAGUGCUGUGUUCAGUUAGGUCAGAGAUCAGAGGAACUGAUACCUAGUGUUCUCCAGAGGAGAGUGCCGUUGCCUCCUCCAGUAGUUCUGUGACGCCCCAUCCAGCUGUUUUCUAGAGACCUUUAGCUCCCGGUGUGCCUGCUCUCCAGCUGCUGAAACAUGUUCCUGCUUGACCAAAGUUCCCGUAUCUGAGUGGCAUGUUUGUUUUUCCCAUGUGAUAGCUGUCCUGACCUGACUGAGGGAUGCCUGACACCUUCCUUUAUCCCUCGUCCUGUUGUGGGUUGCUGGAGUCUGCUCUUUCAGCCUCAUGCCCCUCACCCCUAAAGACUGACCCCUCCCUGAAGCAUCACAAGAUAUUUUUUUAAAGAAAAUAAAUUAUUUUCAUGCAUUCAGACAAACAGCCUUCCCGCCUGGGUGCUGGGCUACAUCAAAUAUAUCUGAACCCCAGUAUUCCUGAGAUUGGGGUGGUUUUCUGAAGAAGGGAAAGCUGUAUCUAAUGGUUUUUAAACUGUACUUCGGGCACUCCGCAGCCCAGAGCUGUGCCCCGGAAGUAUCCUGCAGACAAAACAUGGCACCUGUCUUUAACUGGGGAAUGGACCCUGCCAGACCAAUGUGCCCAGGUCUGGAGGAGGUGCCACUUUUGCAGGCAUACUCUCCACUCAGCUCAGGUGAAGCCCCGUCUGGGAGGGGCACCCUGACUGUCGGAGCCUUGCAGUUGACCCCGCCUUAAACAACCACUUUCCAGCGGAAUCCCCGGGGUUCCAUUCCAAGUGCUCUGAAAAUUAAAAAAAAAAAAUCCCUUUUCUUUCCCUUCUGGGCUAGGGAGGAAUUUCUUAUACACCCAAGUUAAACGUUUAGUCCAAGUGGCAAAGCCCUGAUCUUGCUGGUAAACUAACAGGGAGGUUGGGGGGGGGAUCAAAAUUUGACUCCACCCUGUGGAGGUGCAGAAGAGGUAGGGGACACCAAGGAACGGUAGGCACAGAGGCAGCGUGGGACAUGCCCCCUCAGACCCAGACCCACUGUCCUUUUCUUUGUUUACUCAGUGGUGGCAGCCCGUCUGACCUUGUCUGUGGUCUGCCUGUCCCUGUGUGUGUAACUUCCAGUACUCGCUGUGAUGGCUGGUUCUGUGAUAGAAAAGGCUUAUUACAGUCCUCAUGGCUGCCUUGUACAAAAUCCGUUAGAAGAGAAAAUGUAAAAUAUCCAAUUUCUAACAAGACAAAAACAGCAUUAUGGAAUUAAAAAGAUUUUUACAAUUGGUCUUGAUUUUGAUGUGAGCUGUUUUUAACUGAAAUGUUGUCACUUAAAUAAAAACCUUAUUUGCCUUUAA